CUCCCCGUCUGGAUGCGACUUCGCCACAACCACAACAAACCCCCGCGAGGCUAUCGCGUCCAAUACCCCGGAGCGUGGACUACAGUGACUACCAUCGGCGGCCUGCAAGCCUCAUCCAUCUUCCCCAACCCUUCACGAGGUUUCACAGACGAGAAAUUGAAAUCUCUCACAUAUGAUCAUCUGGACUGGAAUUACGCCGAUCAUAAAUCUUCCUCCUUUUCUCGACGUACCACUUCGACUUCCACUUCCGCUCCUUCGGGAGGAAGUCCAUUCAUAUCCAUUUUCACCGAUCUCCUCCACGCCGAAGACUGGGCUAUGAAAUGGAACCAGCGCAAUAGUGGAAGUGGAAAAUCGCCCGCUAGGAUUUUGGAAAUCGAUUGUGGCAAAAUUACGAGGCUGUUGAGCGUCAAAGAAGUAGUGGAUAGUUUGGGCAUUGUCAUUGAAGGCUUGGAGCCCGAACAGUAUGAAGAUGAGUAUUUGGCUGUGAAUCAGAUUCCUGCAGAGGCCAUUUUGAAGGAG